AUGCCUGAUAUAGAUUUCAGCCUGGACUCGUCAGUGGGAGAUCACAAGAUUACUAGUGGACGUAUAGCUUUGUUUCUGAUCAGUCGACUUAAGACAGCAAUCCGAGAAACUCUAGUUCUUCCGAACUUCGAAAGUGUAUGCAUACCAUGGAUGUUAGCAGAAAAGGAUGAUUGGUUACCCCGAACAGUUGCUCCUUUCAUAUGGCUUAACCAAGAAUGCGUGAAUGAUCCCACCACUGUAUGUGAAGUACCCAUCUGCCAACCUACUGAAGGAAAAUACAAGACAGAAGCUAACAAGGGAACCUCCAGUGAUCAUUCACAACCUAAGGAUAAAAAACUCAAGAAGGCCGAGUCUAUUGGACAGCCAAUUGGUGAAUCCUCAGAUGCAUUAGUCUUUUCAGUGAGUUCCAAUGAUCCGUCUGCCGGGAGUACUGAUGCGACUAUUCAAGAAUUGAGAACCCCUUUAUUGGGGAAUGGUGAACCACAAGACACUUUCAAACACAAGCUAGGGGAUACACCAGAGAGUCAAUCACCAUCACCAUCACCAUCGAGGUCUACUAUAUUGUUGGAUAAAGAGAAUCAUAUCAUUGAAGAAGAUGAAUCAAGGCGAAAGAGAAUGGGGAGAAAAGCAAGGAUGCUUGAUCUGGGGAAGAAGAUGGGGGAGAAAUUGGAAGAAAAGAGGCGCCACAUUGAGGAGAAGAGUAGAAACAUCGUUGAGAAGAUGAGAGGACCAUGA